GAUGCGUCUAAAAGCUGCAGGACAGUAGCUCUCGGGGAAUCUAGUUGGACACCCCCGCUCUAGCUGCUACAAAUGGAUUUGGAAGAAAUUCAUCAUCUAAAGAUUAGAUCAGUUCUCACUUUAAUUGGACUGUUUUUGCUGGAAGAGCUUCUCCAUCUGCUUCUUACUGGAUUUGAACUUUUCAGAAACUCCUGCAAGGUGCUCCUGCCGUUCAGCGAAUCAGUGUGAUUACUCAGGGGCAAAGGACUAUUAAUUGUAGGUCUGCAGCUUCUGCAUUGGUUGAAUUUGUGUAAGGAAUUGAGGUGCAAUGGCUCAAACAGUCAACAUGAAGGUCCAGGAGCUACCAUAUCUGCCACCUGAAGUUUGGGUUUUGGUGUUCGGCUACUUGAACACUGAGGAAAAGCACACAGCCCGCCUCUGCUGCAGACACUUCAGAGAUCUCAUCGACCACCCGUCCCUGUGGAAGGAUUAUACAGCAGGACUCUCCAACUUUCCCCGCUACACGUCUGGAUUCUGGGACACCGUGCAGUGCCGUGGGGUCAGCCGUGCCACAGUGCAACAUUUACGACCCAAAGAUUGGAAAAUCCUCAGCAAGUCCCUCCCAUCGCUCAACACCAUUGUCUGUGUGAGGGAACGGCGAUAUUACAAGAUGAAAUACUUAGACAACCUGUGUGAAUUCCCCAACCUGACGAGUCUUGGGGUACGAAACGCCACCUGGGUUGGGCCGUUACUGUUGCAGUGUCAGAGUCCGCAAUUAGCAGAGCGGCUGACUCACCUGAACGUGUGCAACAUUCAGAUGUCCUGCGAAGACACUGUGGAGUUCAUCAACAGCGUGUCACGCUUGGUCAACCUGGAGUACUUGCUGUUCCACCAGCAGGAAAGUGAAGGGCUUGAGAGGAUGAGGCCAGUGCCCUCUUACGUCUUCCACAACCUGCUGCUAAGCCUGAAGAAACUCAAACACUUAUCCUGGGGAAUGAAAGGGGAGCCACCAGUGCCACUGCCCGACAACUACUUCUAUCCACUGGACCCAGAAAACCCAGGAGAGUACGGCGGCCCAGAACUGAUCUCUUUGGAGUUAGUCAAUUACACAGAAAUCAUCCUGUCGGAGUACGCGCUGAGGGGUCUGACUUCACUCAAGUCGCUAGCUGUCCACUACAGGUACCCCUGGGAUGGUAUCCAGUGCAAUCUCUAUUCCUGGCUCAAUCAUCUGCAACAGCUGGAAUCACUCUCAAUCAUUGGAGGGAAUUUUCUUGCCUCUUAUACGGAAGCCCUUCCACCCCAGGUGACCAAUCUGACACUGCGAACAUCCAUAUGCGCGUGCCAGAUGAACUCCAUUGCAUCUCAACUCAAGCGAGUUGAGCAUCUCGACAUAGAUCAGAACCGCUUUGCCGAUAAUCUCUGCAAACAGCUUCCUACACUGUUUCCUCAACUCAAGACUCUCAGGAUACGAUUCCACCGUGAGGAACCAAAAAGAGACCUGCUGUUCCUCAACAAGCUGCAACACCUGGAGCGACUGGAGCUGAUCACGAGACAGACAUACAUUCUUAUAAGUGACAAAAACAAAACUUGGCCGAGUCCAUCUUUGGAGGGACUGAUCAAGGAGCUGCGGGAGCUCUCCAGGAACAGGUUCAGCAUCAUGACCACGAUGCCCAAAAGGGACGUUUUUCGAGAAUGCGACUGCAUUUGGGAACGAGAGGAAACACGAUUCUAAUCCUGAGCAGUGCAAAGUGAACA